AUGGACCUCAGGGUUGGUGAGCUCUUUAUCUUCUCCAACAUCCAACCCGAUUUCUGGUUUCUGCCCAUCUCCGAAACCUCAGUCCCUCUGAAUUUGCCUUCCAUUGUCGGAGAUUUUUCCCGUUUAUCGUAUCUACUUGAGGAAAUUCUGCUCGAAACAGAACAGGAUGCCCCGCUCUCGUUCGUCACUGAUAGUUUGGAAAUAUUGGCUGCAGCCAUGGUUCCGUCAGUUAUGCUGAUUCUUGGGGGGAUGCUGGCGGAGGGGCCAGACGAGUCGAGGCUCGGAGUCCGGACGACUGUUGGGAUAAUGGUGGCGAGGCUUGUGGUGCUGCCGAUAAUAGGGAUGGGGGUGGUGUAUGUGGCGGACAUGUCGGGGUUCUUGGUCCCUGGGGAUCAGAUGUAUAGGUUUGUGCUCCUCUUGCAGUACACGACUCCAAGUGCGAUCCUGUUGGGUGCCGUCGCAAGUCUGAGGGGGUAUGCAGUGAAGGAGGCCUCGGCUCUGCUCUUUUGGCAGCACGUGUUUGCGGUUUUGUCCCUGGCGAUUUAUGUCAUAGUUUACUUCAGGAUGUUGCUCUCGUACGUAUGA